AAAUGCAGUGUUUUUUUCUUUGCUUUGUGACUUUGUAAAUGCACUACACGAAUACGAAAAAAUGAAACGGACGAAGCUGCUCAAUCUCAAAAGGCUUUAUAUACAUUUAAAGAGAAUUUUAUAUAUGUUUAUUUACCUACACACUAUGUAUAUGUUUUCCUGUUGGUGAAAACGUUCGCCAAUGCCUAGAUAUUCCCAAGUUGCCUCUUACAUUUAGCAGUACUAGAAAAAAGAGACGCUUAUUUAAUAAAUGCAUCAUAUGCUCAUCGCAGAUUUUAUUUUUGAUAUCUCUCAUUACCGUUUCUCGCACAUGUUUAUCUUUACGUUGACCGGUGUUUCCAGACGCUUCGAAUAUGCAGUCAAAAACCGAAAAGUGAAACCAACCCACGAUGGAUUUUGCAACCGUACAACUUGAAAACAUGUCAUUUCAUCAUCACAUCGCGAACGUCUUUAAGCACUCAAAAGGACCGAAAAUGGAUUUUGUCACAUAACGGACUCGCUUUCGCUCACUGGUUGUACACGCGCGGGACUCUUGCAAUGCCAUGUUUGAAGAAAAUAAAAACACAUUCUCUGUGCAAAUGUACACAGCUAGAGGAGGAGAAAAAAGUUUUAUAAUUUUAUAGUUGAUUUGUACGUCCGGUUUGCUUGUAUUUUCUGGAAAUGUAUUAAAUGUAGAACUUUUAUACAAAACGAUGUACACGGUAUAUUGGUCCGUCUUCACUUUGGGUUGAAGUGUUUUAUAAUUAGGCUAUAAAAUAAACUAGCUUGAUAUUGCACUGUGCAAUCGUACUGGUUGCUGUCGUAUAUAAGGGGAAAUGAAGGACAUUUAUUGUUUAAAUACAUAUAGAUGCACCUAAUGUGAUUUUGGACCAAGAGCUAUGAAAUAAAAUGGGUUUUCUUGCCAUUUUCAAUGCGUUUAGUUGUUAUUGAAAUAUAAGCCUCCACCGUAUUUGCAUGCCUAAAUGUAUAAGAACAAUGGCUUAUUCAUGUUGCGUGUAAAAUUCCUUUUAUUUUCUUCCUUGUUCAACAGGUUCACUAUCAUUUCCAUUCCAUUUCCCUUUCAACAGAAGGUACAUCCAAAGCCUCGAAGUAACCGAUUUUACUUUGGCGAAGAUGUCGUUACCAAAGCAAUUUCCGAACUACCUGGAAAAACGGCUCAGAAAACCUUCAGAAUUGGGCACGUUGCCAUUUACCGUUGCAUUAAUCGUUCUGGAAAUGUUGAUGGAUCAGGAAUUUUCGUGCCCAUGCACCCCGGGCCUUAACGCCAUAUUGAUCAGCUUCAUCUUUCUUGGACCCGCUCUUCUGGCUCUGACUGUGCUGAUGUUCAUGAGAAGGCCUUGCAGACGUAAACUGCAGAACGUCGCAGAGCUUUUAUUAUUUAGUCUGAUUCCCUCUUCGUUGUGGAUUUUUCUGCUGUUGUUUGAGGGUAAAUAUGUCGCUUGUGGCAUGGCACACUGGGACGGAGAUUACGUCUUGGAUGAGAAGCUCCAAAUGAAAUGGUGCAAACCCGCUGGGGUGAACGGAACCGAACUGCGAGACCUGACAGAAAAAAUCACUUUCUACUCGAGGAUCUCAGCUUUAGUGCUACUGUUGGUUCUCUGCAUUUCAAUCUUAAGUGGCAUCAUUUACAGUGACUGUAAGAAGAGAACAGUGGAGCAACUGGAUGAACGCAGUGAACCAACUCGACAGACAUCUCUCAGCGGCUCAGAGGCUGAUGUACAGCUGCAAGCAGUCUGAACACUUAUUCCUUCCCUUUUUUCUGAGUACAUUCAUGUUCAUUUUAAUGUACAUUUAUUAUUUUCUUAACUUUUUUCUAUUGGAAUGUUCUUUUAGAUGCUUUGGGGGGAUUUUUACUGGUAAAAAUUAUUACUGUGAAAGUUAGAGACUAAGAUCAGUAACUCCAUUGCUUGAAUGAAAGUAUUCUACUGGUUUAUCUGUAUUAUCUGUAUUAACCUGAAUGAAAUGUUUUCCAUUUUUGUAUUUAA